UGUAUGCAGGAUAAGCAGUUGACAAUGGAUGGACACCAUAACCUGACAGUAAGAUAAGCUAUUAGGAUGAGUAUAAGACACAUGUGAAAUAAAUCUGAAUCAGUGUUAGAAAUCACAAACAAUAGAAACUACAAAUGUGAUCACAACAAUCUGUAAUAGUAUGAAAAUAAGUUGUCUUUUAACAUAUCAUAUGCCUCCAGAUUUUAACGAUGAGACUGGUCAUCCAGUCUGCAUGGAGGAUUGACAACACAUUAAUUUUUUGUAGUGUGUUGAUACUUUUGAAAAUAGAUGGUGGGUUUCAGUUGUACUUUGACUGCAGACUGGGGCAACUAUCCAAUUCAUUUUAGCAGUGUGACUACCAUUGUGUUAUUUUUAGAAAGAGAAAAAUGGCAAUGAGUGUAGAGGAAAUGAGAUGAAAUGAGGGGAGGGUGAUAGGAGUGUAGAGAUGUAAAAGAUAAACAGAGAGGGGAAGGGGCAGUGUCACUGCGAAGACCAAUGUGGAUGAAGACAAAGUCGUGGACGAGCAGGCAGAAGUCCAGUUGAAUAUCCGACUGCGUGCCACACAGGUCGCUUCUCAAGACCACAAAGAAGAAGAAGCUAGGAGACAGAAGAUACAGUAUUAUAGGAUAUCUGAGGGUCAAAGACAAGAGAACAUUAUCAAAGCCCUGCUUUAGACCAGAGGAAGGAGAAGUGCCUUUUUGUCAAGUUACCAACUUUUCACAGUGGUGACACCGAACAGAGUCCUGACCAUGCGAAGUCUGCAUGUGUGUUUCUGUCUGGCUCUGCUCCUGCCUUGGUGUGUCCAGAGCCAGAGGAGCACUCUUGCCAAACUUGAUGAAGACACACAAAGGGACGUGCUGGCUGUUGACAUCCUGAAAAGCAGCGGCGUGUUGAACUCGUUGCUCCGAUCAGAGUAUCACAGUGUGCACCGGCGAGCACGAGCCCCGCGUCCAGCCUCCCAGGUGCCAAAGAGAGCCCAGCAGGGGUCCCGCUUCGCCCUGUCCCUCGAUGUUCCCACCAGCAUACUCAGCGUCCUCAUAGACCUGGCCAAAAACCAGGACAUGAGAACCAAGGCAGCAGCCAAUGCAGAACUGAUGGCACGAAUAGGCAAGAGGAAAUAAGAAGCAUGGCCCCUGGGAGCAGUUAGGGGCGUGAUGGACAAAAUCUCACCUCACAGAGAAAUUAACUUCUUACAUCGUGGCCCUGGCACUUGGUUAGAAAGAAUGAUAGUUCCGCAACUGUCACUUGCGGUCAGUAUCUGUCGUAUAGAGCUUACAUCUGCUUUACUUUUAUACGUGUAUUAAAUGGUUAGAAUACCUCAUUCCACACCCAAACCCCUCCAUGGACUGACUCUUGAAACAGAUGUAAUUAGAAAGAAUGGUGUAUAACAAAACAAAAGGACCCACAAACAAUGUAAGAUGAAGCUGGUCUUUUGUCUCAAAGAUUAUUUACCCAUGGGUUCGAAACCGUGAUCAGGUUCCGAUAUCUGUUUCUUAUGUUUGCAUGUGUAAUCUUGAAUUCAAAGAAAAGGUUGUUCAAUUAAAUUCAAUAUGAUAAUGAUAUUUUUUUUCUCAAGUCUAAUUCUUUUCACUCUGCAUUGAUAUCAGGCAUGCUUAGUAUAAUUUCAAGCAUCAGCAACCCAUAAAGCACAAAUGAAUGGGUGUGAGCCAAAUGAGCCUGCGUCACCCACAGCGACGUCAGAUAUGUGAUAACAGGACAAAGACAUUGGCAGGAUAUUGACCACUGAAAGAAGAACAGACCCUUUCUAUAGACCUUUGUUCACUAAUACUUGAUGAAUUUGGCAAACAAGGCGUAGCUAUUUUAAGUCUGAUGCAUUAUC